AUGCUGUGCAAGCGUCUUUUAUUCAGUGCCUCCUUCAUGAUUGACCUUGAGGAAUCCGUUAUCAAUCAACUCAAGUCCGUAUGUGGCUACGAGUUUACCAGCAAAUUCCAUCGAAUGUUCAAUGAUAUCCAGCUUAGUCCCGAAAUGAACACCAAUUUUCAAAAGUAUCUGGACGAGAAAGAUAUUCAGAUCAAACAUGGGAGUCAGUUCACCGUGCUCACAGUUAGUAUGGCAGGCGAUCUUAUUGCUGCUUUUCGAUCUGAGAGUUUAAAUUAUAAUAAUAGUUAUGAAACUUUAAAGAUUCAGAUUUAUUGCUGA